GUAGUUGUCGUUGUUGUCAUUUCUGUGGUUUAUUGCUGUCUAAUUUGAUUCGUUGCGGUUUUGUUUUUUUUGCGCUCAUUUAACUAUGACAAAACGUUGAUGAAUUUUUGUCACGAAUAAUGUAUGAUUUUUCAAUAAAUGCUAAGCGCCAUUCGAUAUACAUCGAAAAUAUACGAACGUUUUUGUAAGAGAAAACAAAUUUGACAAAUAAUUUCAUAUUUCUAUGGUUGGCAGCAGGGUUUAUUUUUGAAUCAUCAUCUCUGCAUGGACACUUUUCCAUCGUAACAAAUGUCAGAUGAGAAAUAUCAGUUCAUUGAAUGUCAAAAUGGAGUCAGAUACGGUUGUACCAAAAUUAUCUGUUUAUUAUUCCACAAUAUCGUGUUUAUUUCUAUCGUUAAUUUAUGUCGGUAGUAUGUACGUAUGGCGAUCCGAACACAACAGAGAUCAUCCGUCAACGGUGAAGAAACGUUUCUUCAGUGUGUUCAUGGUGAUGCUGAUAUCGCCCGUGUUUAUUUACGUUUUGUUGCUGGCCAAUAGAUCGACAAGCAUUACAAUAUGGGAAAUCAUGGGAUUCCGAACGAAGGGAAUUUUAGUGGCGCUAUUUGUUCCGCUACUGCUGACCGCCACACUAUUUUUUGGACCAAUUUGUGCAAUUAUUAUAAAUGGCGUGUGGAAAUUGUAUUUAGAGCCAGUGUACUGGGUGGAUAGCUUUAAGAAUAUAUUAUGGAUACGGAACCAUAUUGUGGCUCCGCUAUCGGAAGAAUUUACAUUUCGUGCCUGCAUGAUGCCACUACUGCUCCAAUCAUAUCGACCAACGACUGCCGUUCUUCUGAUGCCACUGUUUUUCGGUGUAGCGCAUCUACAUCACAACAUUGAACGCGUUCGAUCGGGAAUGGAAUGGAAAACAGCGCUGAUUGUAUCGACAUUUCAAUUUGUCUACACGGGAAUAUUUGGCAUUUAUUCGGCGUAUUUAUUUGCAAAAACGGGCCAUUUUAUCGCACCAUUCGUAGCGCACGCAUUUUGCAAUCACAUGGGUUUUCCUGAUAUUCAGGAAGUGCUAUUGCAACAAGACAAUAAGAAAUACAUAAUUUUAAGUUGCUAUGUUAUCGGCUUAAUUGGCUGGAUUUAUUUACUGCCCGUCGUUACCAAACCAGAAUGGUAUUCCAACGAAUUGUAUUGGAAACAUAUGUGAUAAAACUAGAAACUGAAACAAACUAACACAACUCGCAACACAAAGAAGUAUAAAUAAAACAUAUAUAUAUAUAUAUAUGUAACAAUUGAACACAGUUUUAAAUAAGAUAUAGAGAAAAAAAAACAAAGAUUCAGCAUAGACUCAAAGCCAUCUGCAGGUUAAGUUUUGAUUGAUGAUUUUGUUAGCUAAUUUAGUGCAUUUACUCGACUUAGUGCAACGUUGUUAUCAUUUUUCGAGCAUAAAUUCAACACGAAAAUGAACAUGAAAAAUACAGUUUGUGCCUCUGUACUAUUCGCAAAACCUGGUGUGAUCACACAACACACAGGGGCUAUAUAGGAAUGCCAUAUUUUUGAAUUUAAAAAUAAAACCAACUAACUAGAUCAUAGUUUAGUUGAGAAAACAAAAAAAAUUAACAAAGAAAUAUAAAGCGCGCGCGUUCUUGCGCAUAUUCACCAAAAAGGCGUAUGCAUCCGUCUUCUAACAAAGAAAACAACAUUACUACAUACAUUAUUACAAAGAGCAAUAUCAAUUUUAACAAAUAACUCUCUCGUUACAUCGUUACAUGAUAUCUUUUUUUUCUCUCUCUCUCUCUCUUUAUUAUUUAUUUUUUUAAGCAUCAAUUAACAAUCUAACUACGUUAGUUAAAACCUUUGAAAUUCAAGAUACAAAAAAAAAAAUAAACCAAACGAAAAAUAAAUCAAUUUUAUCGAAAAACAGUUA